AUGAUCCGACUACAGCCCACCACGAUCACUAUCACAGCGUCUGAAAUGACCGACGCCGAGCGCCAUAGCCGUUACAGAAAACAUCUUGCGAACCGAGAAUGCACGAUCAGAACACAUUGGUCCACUGCAUUAGAACACGAGGAAACCACACUCGAACAUGCUAUGAAUACACGCAUACAGACACCCGAUACCGACCCAACUAACAGACAACGAAUUCGUAGUUCAUCAAGUCCAGAUGUAUUGGCAAGAGAAGAGGAAUCGACUUAUUCAACAUCGUCGGCUGGGAACGGUAUCGACAGAGAGGUGGGCGCUGUUCGUUUACCCAUUCGCACACGGCUCGCCAACGUAAUCGACGAUACCAUCCAUCAAGAUGACGACGAGGGCAGGACCGUCCAGCAACUUCUUACGACAGUUCCCGGGGUACCAACGCGCAACUCGGAGCGAGAAUCUACUCACGACCGUUACCGGGACUCUUUAGAAACCACCAAUCGUCCGGUGGAUACUGAGACGAUGGCCUCAAUGAUUGCAGAAGAGCUCAACGUUACGCCCCCACGAAGAAACUUGUCUGUAUACAGCGAUGCUCUACCUGUGCAUGGACAGCCGCAAACACCAAGGCAGCUGCCAGAGGCCCGUCAUCAAAGCCGAUUCAACGGAGCUUAUACCGCGCCAGUUCGAGGCAGACGCAUAGAGGCCGAUGUAGGCGAUGCGCCAGUUACAGUGAGACGAAGGCGAGCUGGACGCAAUACUAGCUUGGUAGGGUUGAGCCUAGAGCUGCACGGUUUAUACGAAGACAGUCAAAACACUGACGAUGUUUGA